AACAACCGUUGUCAUCCGUGUAUUCUAAUACUACUUCUUUAUCCAUUGCUGUGAGUUUCAACACCAUGAACAGCUUAACGGCGAGCUUCACAGCUCGAAUAUAUGGCACACGCUGCGAUGUAGUUCUGUUAAGAAACCGUUCCGUUCACCAAUUCAAUAACAGACGCGUCACACUUCUACCCACUCUCACUUCUACAAGAUUCGUUUGCAUGGCGGAACCUUAUCUGUUAUUGAAGCUUGAAUCUGCUGAAAAGACAUGGAAAGAUUUAUCGGUGAAGCUUGCUGAUCCAGACAUUGUUUCUAAUCCUAGUGAGUAUCAGAAGCUAGCACAGUCCGUAUCAGAGCUUGACGUGGUUGUGUCCUUGUAUCAGAAAUUUAAAGACUGUGAGAAGACUCUUGAAGAAACCCAAGCUUUAGCAAAGGAUGCUGGCAAUGACCAGGAUAUGACGGAAAUGAUAUCUUACGAAAUUGAAUCUUUGUCCAAGCAACUCUCUGAGCUAGAGGAAAAACUGAAGGUUUUACUGCUUCCCAGUGAUCCUCUGGAUGAAAGAAACAUAAUGCUUGAAGUGAGGGCGGGUACUGGUGGCGACGAGGCUGGAAUAUGGGCUGGUGAUCUUGUCCGAAUGUAUGAAAAAUUUAGUGAACUUAAUUCUUGGAAGCAUUCUGCCAUCUCAUGCUCUGAGGCAGAAAAAGGGGGAUACAAAACUUAUGUGAUGGAGAUAAAAGGAAAUCGUGUCUACAGUAAAUUAAAAUUUGAAUCCGGUGUCCACAGAGUUCAACGUGUUCCUCUAACAGAAACACAAGGCCGUGUACAUACUUCUACCGCAACAGUGGCCAUUAUGCCAGAGGUUGAUGAAGUUGAAGUUGUAAUUGACCCAAAAGAUAUUGAAGUGACAACGGCGCGUUCUGGGGGUGCUGGAGGCCAGAAUGUUAAUAAGGUUGAAACAGCAAUUGAUCUUGUUCAUAAACCAACGGGAAUACGCAUCUUUUGUACUGAACAAAGGACUCAGAUUCAGAACAAGAAUCUUGCUUUUAAGUUACUGCGAGCCAAACUAUAUGAGAUAAAGGUAAGGGAGCAGCAAGAGUCAAUACGAAAUCAAAGAAAAUCACAGGUUGGUACAGGAGCACGUUCAGAAAAAAUUCGGACAUACAAUUAUAAGGACAACAGGGUUACUGACCACAGAUUGAAGCAGAACUUUUCUCUCACCUCUUUUCUGGGUGGUAACAUAGAGGAGGCUGUUCAGUCUUGUGUUGCAAUGGAACAAAAGGAGCUUAUGGAAGAACUUGUUGAGUCUAUGGGCGCCACUGCCAGAUGAAGUGCAGUAGAUUUUUCCCAUGUAUAUGGUGCUCCUGCUAGAAGAACUCUCCUGCAUAACUUUCCAUUAGGGAAAGAUUUGCCAUAUAUAUUGUUUUCCUGAGUAUGCCCAAUCAAUGGAAGUUUGACACAUACCGAGUUGGUUGAUAGUCAAUGGGUAGAUACGGGCUGGUUUUACAUGUGACAAUGUUGGUAAAAAUCUGUUUCAUUAUGUAAAGUGAUGUAUUAACCAUCUAAUUACAUUUUGUGCUAAGUGCACUGUAAUGAUUUUAUGUGGUUCUGAACAGCAGAUUCGAUUCCCAGCUCCCUCAGCCUUGGAUAUUUAUUGCUUUGGUUCAACUGAAUGAAUCCGAGAAUCUGAACGGAA